CAAGUAACUUCCAUUCUCUUCCUUUUCGUUUCAUCUUUGGGUUUUACAUUCCCGAUUCCUUUCUCACUAUUGACUUCAUAUCUGUUUACUCAUUACAGAACGAAUAACGUAGGGUUCGAGAACGUAGCAUUCUUACGUCCAGAUGUGAAAAUCAAUCCCAGCCUUCCUCGAUUUCGAUUCAUGUUUAGUAUUCCAAAAAACCAGGUUAGAAAGAAAUACACAAGUUGCACUUCGGAGGGCUUAGUGUGAGAUUUGGGAGAACCUGGGUGGUUGGAUUUUGAUCUCAAUUCUCCCAUGGAAUGCAACAAGGACGAGGCUUUGAGGGCUAGGCAAAUUGCUGAAGCCAGAAUGCAAAGAGGUGAAUUUGCGGAGGCACUCAGGUUUGCUACCAAGGCCAAAAGACUGUAUGCCGACGUUGAAAACAUUGCCCAGAUUAUUACGGUUUGUGAGGUUCACAUCGCUGCUCAGAAAAAACUCUCUGGCUGUGACAUGGACUGGUAUGCAAUUCUUCAGAUUGAAAGGCUGGCUGAUGAAGCAACCGUAAAGAAACAGUACAGGAGGCUUGCACUGCUACUUCAUCCUGAUAAGAACAAGUUUGCUGGUGCAGAAGCUGCUUUCAAGUUGAUUGGGCAAGCCAAUGGGCUCUUGUGUGACCAAGCAAAACGUUCUUUGUUUGACAAGAAGUUUGGAGCCUCCGUGAAAGGUGCUGCGCCUAAGCCUAAGACCUCGCACAAUUAUUCAAAUGGGAAUGUGUUUGCCGCUAAACAUAAUGCAAAUGCAACAAAGACUCAGAAGAGUUCUGAUUCGCACCAUUUCUCAAAUGGGAAUGUGUUUGCUGCAAAAUGUGGCGCAAACGCAACAAAUUAUCAGAAUUCUUAUCCGAACUCCACUGGUUUCAGCAACCAAGGUGCACAGAUGACAUUCUGGACAUCUUGCCAACAUUGUGAUGCUAAGUACCAGUACCCGAUCCGAUUUGUAAAUGCAAACUUACUGUGUCAACAGUGUAAGAAGCCAUUUAAAGCUCUUGCUAAUGGUUUUGGAAUCAUGGGUGCGGCAACAGUGCUUACUUCAGUAAAUAUUCCGAAGGAGGCUCCAAUGCAUGGUCCCCCAAAACCAGCCUCAGAAAAUACUGGUCGAAAACCCCUUGGUAGAGAACAAGCUGGUACGUUUGUGCGGUCAAAUCCUACAUCUAUGAAAAAAUGUGCUGCUGGAGUCGGUAGACGUUGUGGAGGUGAAAAGAGUAAAGAUGGCAACAUUCCUGCAUCCAGUGAUAUGGAGCCACAGACCUCUCAAAAUUUUGGAAGUAAAAGAGUAAGGCAGUCAGCACCAGAUUCAGGAGAAAGUUUCAAAGCCAGAAAUGGUGAUGAUACCAAAGCUGCCAAUAUUCGAGAAAAUGCUGUUGAUUCUUCAAAUACAAGGAGAUCUUCCAGGAAAAAGCAGCAUGUUUCAUAUAUUGAAACCUCUGAAGAUGACGAUUUUGAGAUUCCUUCCAAAAAGCCACGACAAAGUGGACCACUUAAUGCUGAUGAAGCUGAGGAACAAAACGUGCCUGCAAGUGGUGAGUCGUCUGAUAAUAAUAUUCCAGCUACUCCCGGUGCGACUGAUCAGAACAAAGAGAAGGUAUCCGAGUCAGAUAUUGGUCUUGGAACGUCAAAGGAGGAUAAGCGCUCCCCAAAAAAUUCAAAGGUUCCUUCUCGUCCACGGAUAUUUCAUUGUCCUGUUUCUGAUACAGAUUUCAAUGAUUUUGAGAAGGAUAAGGAGGAGGAUUGUUUUGCUGUUAAUCAGUUGUGGGCAGUUUAUGAUAGCACUGAUGCGAUGCCAAGAUUUUAUGGUCUUGUCAAGAAAGUGGCCUCCCCUUUCCAGUUGAAGAUUACUUGGUUGGAACCUGACCCAGAUGACAAAGGUGAAAUUGAUUGGAAUGAUGCAGAAUUGCCUAUUGCUUGCGGUAAGUUUAGACUUGGUGGUUCUCAGCAAACUACAGAUCGCACCAUGUUCUCUCAUCAGGUGCGGUGCAUAAAAGAAACCGGCAGAGGUUCUUAUCUGGUAUGUCCUAAUAAGGGAGAAACAUGGGCAAUUUUCAGAGAUUGGGAUAUCAACUGGAGUUCGAAUCCAAAAAAUCAUCUGAAGUAUGACUUCGAAUAUGUGGAAAUCCUAUCAGAUUUUUCUGAGAAUGUUGGCAUCGCAGUUGCUUAUAUGGGCAAAGUGAAAGGAUUUGUUAGCCUUUUUCAGAGAACGGAGAAGAAUGGAGUAAACAUAUUUUAUAUCGAACCUAAUGAACUAUACAGGUUCUCACAUCGAAUUCCUUCUUAUAAGAUGACCGGUUAUGAAAGGGAGGGUGUUCCAAGAGGAUCAUUUGAAUUUGAUCCAGCGGCCCUGCCGACUCAUCUCUUUGAAGUUGGUGAUUCUGGUAAUGUAAAGAUGUGAAUGGAGGGAAAACACCAGAGACAUGAAGAAAUUGAAGGACAGCUGGUUUCCUCAUGUUGUGUUUUGAUUUAACCUAGAAACUAGAAAUGUUUUCCCCUGUAUAUCUUUUUUUUCCAACGAGCCUUUCAGAUUUUGUCUAGGAUUGUUGGCAUGAGUGACUACCUCGUUGCCCAAAUUCAUAUAUGUUCCUGGGGUAUCUUUGGCCCAAGGAAUCAAAUCAACUUCUAGAUAUUGACUAAAAGGGUUUUACUUGA